UAAAUGAUCUCGCUUCAGGGACCUGAGAGUGGGGUCGGUCAAAGUUUAGUUAAAACUGGUGCUGACAGCUUCAGAGCGGCUGAAACCUUCACGUUUCUCCACAAUGACAGCACGAAAUAUAACUCGAUUCUGGGAAUGGGGGAGGAAGAUCAUUUGUGUCGGGAGAAACUAUGCGGACCACGCCAAAGAGCUGAACAACGCGAUUCCUACAGAGCCCGUCCUGUUCCUGAAGACACCUUCUGCAUAUGUCAGAGAGGGCUCCUCCAUCCUGGUGCCCUGGUACUCCAGCAACCUGCACCAUGAAGUGGAGUUAGGAGUGGUCAUCGGCAAAGGGGGCACGGUCAUACCACAGUCCUCCGCUAUGGAGCACGUUGCAGGCUAUGCUCUGUGCUUGGACAUGACAGCCCGGGACGUCCAGGACGUUUGUAAGGCCAAGGGUCUUCCCUGGACCCUGGCUAAAUCGUUCAACACCUCCUGCCCCAUCAGCGAGUUCAUCCCCAAAGAGCGCAUCCCUGACCCCGGGAAUGUGAAGCUGUGGCUGAAGGUGAACGACCAGCUGCGGCAGGACGGCUGCACCUCCCAGAUGAUUUUCUCCAUCCCCUUUCUGAUCAGCUACAUCAGCGAGUUCAUCACCCUGGAGGAGGGGGAUCUCAUCCUGACCGGGACCCCCAAAGGAGUCUCCGCCGUGCAGGAGCAUGAUGAGCUGCAGGCUGGGAUCGAGGACGUGGUCACCAUGAGCUUCAGGGUGGAGAAACAACACCAGUAGUGAAAACAAAAGACACGAAUCAGUCGAAAGAAAUCUCGUGGAAGAUAUAGUGUUUUUACUGGAGGGUUGAAUCUAAUUAUUUUACAUAUAUUUACAAAUACUAUGUGGACCAGCAGAUGGCAGUCUCGUGCCAUCAACACCAUUAUGUCUGACGCUGCCUUGUAAAAUAUAUGAGAAAACGAACAAAACACAGUCUGGUUACAUUGAUUGAUCUCACGAGUGAACUUUUGAUCGGUUACUGUAUUAUCUACUUAAACCAAAUAAUUCAUCACCCCAUUGUCACCGUCUUUGUUUCCAAUCAUCCAGUGGUGGGAAGAAGAAUUUCAAAACUUUUAUUCAAAUAAAAGAUGCAAUAAUA